UUUAUUACUUUUAAAUACUGGCGUCCGUUAUCAAAUUCUUCGUUACUCAUCAUCACGAGGUGGUAUGACGAUAUCGUUUAUAAAUGGGCGUGCGUUGCGGCAUGCCGGAGGUUAUCGCGGUGUGGGGUUAUGGUUUGAGGGCGAGAACCUUUUUUGCGGCGAUGGAAAUGGUUUUCGCCGUGAAGGUGCAAGAGGGCGGGUGUCUGUCUAGUCCUCGCGUCGUCGCACACGUGCAGCGGCACAAGGCGGCCCUAUUAUGUCCUCCGGGUUGCCAGGCCCCGCGGUGGGUCGGGUCGGGCGCGCGGCGUGUCUCGCGGGGUGCCCCCUCCCGCCGGUUGCCCGCGCUGACUCGGCCGGUGUGGCCGGUUGCUUGUUGGCUGGCUCGCGGCUGGCGGCUCGCGCGUUGCUGCCUCGCUCAGUUCGUUGUCGGUAGCCAGGCAAGGUGGUUGCUUUGUGCGAGGCGAGCGGGACGGUGUGUGUGUCUUUGUCGCGAGUGCCGCGUGCAGCGCGAGACGGACGACACGGUGCAAGUGGUGCGUGUGCGUGCGUCACCUCGGUACCCGCGGAGUGCGUGCACGACAAGAGUGCCGGCGUCCUCCUCGACUCAAGUUGUGUGUCUGGGCCGUAUCCAUUUCUACGUCGCCGUGGUUGGAAAGCACCCCUCGCCGUGCAACAUAGGAUGAUUCUGCGCUUCGCUGCGGCGACACAGCAGCAGCAGCAGACGACGACGCGUGAGGACUUUAUCAACACGAGCUCACGUGGCCUCCGGCACGUGAGGGGAGGCCUCGCCGAGCAGAAGACGCCCGCGUCAGGAGAGCGAGGCACCCGGGUCCAUGCCGUGCGCCUAGGGUGACCCCCUGGGCAUGUCCAGGGGCGGCGUGGGCGUGCGCAGCGGACGGCCGCACAGCUCGGUGUCAGACAUGCCCCUAGCGGCCACCGUCAAGAACCACAUGCUUCGCCUGCUUCGGCGCUCCAAGAGCACGCGGAGCCCCAGCCCCAACAACCGCGCCAUGGUGAUCCCCAACAAGGGCCUGUCCAGCCCGCCCGUCAUCGUGGAGCCCUUCCCGAUCUCGCUGGGCUCGGCGGCCCCCGCGCCCCAGACGCGCCACAGCCACAGCAGCCAGCACCACCAGCAGCAGGCGCGCAGCAACGGCGGCCCCGUGGGCGGCCCGCCCGCCGCGCGCUCGCGCUCCGUCAGCAACCGCCGGGAGGUGCACCGGCCGCACUCGUCCGCGCGCCGCGCCAGAGUCCAGGUAUGUGCACCGCGCAGUACUCGAGCAAAGGACCCGACACAUGGCAGAGGAGACAGCACGCCCAGCAAGGUAUGAGAAUGCCACAGCGUCGUGCAUGUUGAAGUAGUUUGCUACGGUGGUGUGGGGGUUGGUUGACGUGUCGCUCGGGCGUCUAAGUGAGUCAGGUUGCCGGCGGUGUGCGUCACUGGCUGCCUGUCGCUGCACAACCCCUCGCUGUAACCAUAAAUAUAUUUAUUUUUUAAACGGACCCGUUUCUGCCAGACAGUUGGGGCGCGCGGGGGGGCAGGAGCGUCAUGGUUCAACACCACCUGUUGAGCAGCUCCAAACCCACGUUACGUUACGUCUUACGUUACGUCUUACGUUACGUCUUACGUUACGUCUUACGUUACGUCUUACGUUACGUCUUACGUUACGUCUUACGUUA